AUGCCCCGUGGUCGCCCCCCCAAGAGGCCUGCACUUGAACGGGAGGUUUUUGUCCCCGUCUCUAUCAACCCCGAACCUCAUCUUUUACGACUUCGUGCAGCAGAGAUUACCGCUGAAGCACACGGCUGCAAACACACUAUACCUUUGCUCGCCUGGAUUGGGCAACGUCAAAUCUUCCUGGACGAAAUGCUGCGCCUCAAUGGACGCGGGACUGAAGGUGUCACUUGCUCAUGUGGUGCAGUAUCGCCUCAAUUCCGAUGCUGUGACUGCCAUGGCAUUCAAAUAUUCUGCCGUGAAUGUACACUUCAAAACCACGUUCUUCAUCCUUUGCAUAGGAUUGAGCUCGGGGUUCGGGUACAACUAGGCCAUAACCCAGGAGAAAGGUGCUACAAACCUUCUCCCGCUGCCGGUGAUGAUUUUGUGGUCAUCGCGCUCGAUGGUAUUCAUGAAAUCGCCCUGGACUUUUGUGGCUGCGCUUCGGCUCAGAUUCGGUAUAAACAAUUGUUACGUAUGCGGUGGUAUCCAGCCACAGUCUCAGAGCCUCGAACUGCAGCAACCUUUACGGUUCUGCAGCAUUUUCAUAUUCUAUCCUUUGAAAGCAAGGUAUCUGCUUACGAGUUCUACCAGUCGCUCGCAAGGUGCACCGACAAUUCAGGGUUAGUAGCGAUCAGGGAUCGUUAUUCCGCUUUCAUGCGGAUGGUACGCCAAUGGUGUAACCUCAAGCAACUUUCCCGCGGAGGAAGGGGACACGACCCCGCUGGUGUCAAUGCUACUGCCGAAGGAGAGUUAGCUGUUCUCUGCCCCGCGUGCCCACAGCCCGGGAAGAAUCUUCCACUAGACUGGGAGAAGGAACCUCUAUUUACCAGAUGGAAAUAUGCGCUGUUUGUUGCAAUCGAUGCGAACUUUAGAUUGAAGCGCAAGGCGGUGUCUUCUGACACUGCUGACCCUAGCCUUAAUGCUGGAUGGGCGUAUUUCACGUGUGUAAGCCACAAUGCAGUUAACAUGGCGGAUACCAAGUCCUCCCGUGGGCUUGCUGCAACAGGAGUUGGGACGAUCGACUGCGCAAGGCACGAUAUGAAGCUCCCAAACGGAGUUGGAGACCUGCAGAAGGGUGAACAGUACAUUAAUAUGGACUAUAUCAUGUGUUCUGCGCUCUUCAUCCUCGCAAUGUCCAUGAUCAACAUAUCCUACGACAUCGCCUGCCAGUGGCACAAGAGACUCUGGACUCGAAUGGAAACGAUGCCGGAACAACUUUCUCCCCCCCGCGAAUCUUCCCUCAUACAUUUUUUUGUGCCGAAGUUCCACAUCCAGGCCCACAUCGAUGAGUGUCGCACCAAUUUCUCUUUCAACUGGUCGAGGUACGUGGGCCGAACAGACGGCGAAGCCCCUGAACGGGGCUGGUCCAAUAUAAACCGAGUGGCAUCAAGUACCAAGGAAAUGGGACCGGGAGCACGCCGGGACACUCUUGACGAUCACUUCGGUGAUUGGAACUGGAAAAAAAUUACAGCAUUAGACUUAGGGCGGACAUUGCAUAAGAAGAUGAUUGAAGCUGUAAAGUGGAUGAAGGAGCACUCCGAAGCCCUCUCGGAACUGGAGAAGACUAUUCAGCCGGCUCUUAUCGCGCAGUGGAAGGCAGAGGUGGAAUCCUGGGAGGAGGAUAACUCCUCUCCGAACCCCUUUGAAAGCCGGUUUAACCCGGUUACACAGGCAUCCGUACGACUACAACUCACUGAGCUUGAAGCUCAAGACCUUCAAGCUGGAAUCAAUGUCUCACUUCACACCGAUGUCUCUCCAAGCGGAUUGAUUACAUCGGGCAUGGAUCUCGAGGAUCAACAGGCACGCUUAAGAUCCAGUCUUGCCAAUGAGCUAUACAUGCCGGUUGUCUGUCAACUCCGGCAUCGAUCAUCAGAGGCUAGUGGGAGGCCACAGGAACUCAAACCUGAAGACUUCAACCUGUGGCUCCCUUCGCAACUUCCAGCUGGCACCCCCAUAGACCUGACGCUCGCUGGCCACGAGUGGGAGCUAUGCUACGCGCAGGCCCUCGAUGCCCUGAACGAAGUUCGUUCCCACCUCCGGCUUCGAUCCCACAUGUACAAGUACAAGGAUAAAAAUGUCCGUGGUCAAGCGGGUUCCACUCGCGCCAAGAAAAUCAUUGAUGCCGUGGAAUCGAGGAAGCACGCCAGUGUAUUGAAGUACAGACAUGCGCACAGUGCCCUGCUGUCUCUUGGCCACCGUCUGGAGAAGUGCGGUUGGGAGCUCACCAUGCGCCCACUUCUUGACUCCGAUGUUAAGCCUAUGGGUGACAUGGAGCAGCAAGGGAGAGGAACCAUCUCCUGGAUUUGGUUAGACUCCCGUGCUGAUAACAGCUGUACAGAAAAUGAACGCAUACAGGAUUGUGUCCGCUUGGAAUGGUGCAAGGCUCGUGCCCGCGCACACCGGUGGUCGGAGGAGGUGGAGUUAUUGCUAGAAGAGAUGAGACGAGUGCUGGUGUUUUUGAGAUGGCAAGGGUCCUGGUGGAAGGAGCGCAUAACUCUCUGA